CGCCACUAUCGACUUGAAAUUUGACAGAUAAAUUGCACCACGUGUUUCAACCAAACAUUUUUUGCAAUAAUGGUUCAUUAUUUUACAAGCGAAGGUAUUAUUAUUUAUCAUUGACUUCAUGUUUAUCGUGUAUAUUUAAAUUCUUUUUUUAUCUUAUAUAUUUGACUAUUAAAAAUAAUGAAAUUCAAUAAGGUUAGAAUUGUAAUUAUAAUUCUGUAUUGCAGUUGUACAGCCACCAGUAACAUUAUUUAUGGGAACUGAUCAAUAUGAAAGUGAGUGAAAAUUAUUAAAAUGUAUUAUAAUAUCUAAGACAUAUUCUUUUAAUAUAUGAUUUUUUAGAUGAUGACCUUAUAAAAUGGGGUUGGCCAGAAGAUGUUUGGUUUCAUGUUGACAAAUACUCUUCAGCACAUGUAUACCUUCGACUUCAUCUUGUAAAUAUUUUCUAUUAAAAAUAUGUAUAUUAUUCAGAUUUAUAUUUAUUAUACAUAUAAAUUGUAUCAUGUGUAUAUAUAAUUUGUAGGGUCAAACAAUAGAUGACAUACCCAGUAUAGUUUUAGAAGAUGCAGCACAGUUAGUAAAAGCAAAUAGUAUUGAAGGAAAUAAAAUGAAUGAUGUCGAUGUAGUGUACACAAUGUGGUCAAAUCUGAAAAAAACACCAGGUAUGGAAAUAGGACAAGUUGGCUUUCAUAAAGAUAAAGAUGUUCGUAAAAUUCACGUUACGAAACGCAUAAAUACUAUUGUUAAUCGAUUGAAUAAAACUAAACAUUCAGAACAAGUAAAUUUACAAGCAGAAAGAGAACAACGAGAUAGAAAUGAACGAGAAGAUAAAAAAAGACUUUUGAAAGAGCAAAAAGAAAGAGAGAAAGCAGAAGAAAAACGAAGAAAAGAAGAAGCAGAAAUGAGAUAGUAAAUGACACGCAACUGUUUCUACUGUUACAAUAUGAUGAAGAUAAGCGCGUGUGUAUGUUUUACAUGUACUACAUUCGCAUGAUUCAUCUAUUGGUCUCAUAUCUUUACGAUAUUGGAUCUGUCUCAAAUUUAGUUGACCAGUACAUACUAAAGCACAGCCAAAUCUCUGAAAAAGAAUUAAUGUAUCCAUUAAUAAAUUUUGUUUUACUAGUAUAUUUUGCUUAAUUACAUAUGUUAUUAAUAAUUAAUUACCGCUGUUCUUGUAGGAAAUACACAAUCAAACAUAUCUAUUCCCAAAGCAGAGCAAAUAAUUAAAUCAAUAGCAAAACCAACACCCAUCAAAUAACGUGGUUUAUUUUUUGGAAGUAUAUUUGUAGUAAGAUGUACCAUUUUCCAAAAGUCAUUUUUAGAUUCUCCACCACUAGAAAUAACAUUAAUCAUAAAAUAAUUUUCCUUUUUACCUUAUUUUACUUAAAUUAAUAUAUCAAUUACUUUACCUUAAUCCACCUACAGCAUAACCAUUGACUUCACGUUUAAUUAAUUGAUUCGCACAUUCUGAUCUAAGUUUGGAAUUAAGACCUCCUUGUACAAUUGGAAAUAUACUUUGUUCAUUUAAUCUCUGAUGUGCUUUCAGACAUCUAUCUAACCAUCGAAUUGUUCUGUAGAUAAUAUACUGAGUAUUUUAAUAGAUUUUUAUUAUAAAUAUUACUUUAUACAUAUUUUAUAAUACAAAAAUAACCUAUGAUAUAUAUAUAUGAAUUAUAUGUACAAAUGUAAUAUUACCUAUGCAUUGCUUCUUCUACUCUUGGCCCUGUUACUGUAGUUUUCACAACAUCAUCAAGUUGCAUCAUUAUAUCUGCUCCUAUUAUGUUUUGUAUUUGAAUAGAAUGUUCAGGUGUCAACAUGCAAUCUGAUUCUAUGAAAUAAUAUUAGUUUUGAUUAUACUCACAUUUUGAAUAUGGAAAUACAAAAUGAAUAUUUUGAAUAUGUUUAAAUACAAAUUAUUCUUAUAUAAUGAUUACCAUUAUAUGGUGAUUUAAACUUCACACCUUCUUCUGUAAUUUUAGCAAGUUCUAAUAAUGAUACCAUUUGGAAACCACCAGAAUCUGUUAAUAAAGCUCUUUUCCAAUUCAUAAACUUAUGUAAACCACCAGCUUUUUCCAAGAUAUUAAUACCCUGCAAAAUAACAUUUUUAUCAAUACAUUUAUUUAAAUGUAAGUAAUUCAAUUAUUUUACAUUUUGAAAUCAUAAUAAAAUCUUUAUGCAAUAAUAUGUCUUACAUACAGGUCUUGUUCCAAGAUGAUAUGUAUUACCAAGUAUAA